AACUUUGUGCAGGACAAAAUGACAAACACUUUUGAAUCAUAACCUCCUAAAGUAUCGCAGAUUCACUCAUCAGUAGUCCGUUUGUUUUCUGCGAGUUUUUCCUCUAUCUCUCAAUUUAAACAACAUCCGAAGAUGUCUCGCGGUAGCAGCGCAGGCUUCGACCGUCACAUCACCAUCUUCUCCCCAGAAGGCCGCCUAUAUCAAGUGGAAUACGCUUUCAAAGCAAUCAACCAAGCCGGCCUCACAUCCGUGGCCAUCAAAGGCCAAGACGUCGCCGUCUGUGUAACCCAGCGCAAGAUCCCCGACAAGCUCAUCGAUGCAAGUACCAUCACGCAUCUUUUCCAGCUCACCGAGCACAGCGGUUGCGUGAUGACCGGCAUGAUUGCCGACAGCAAAUCGCAAGUGCAGCGCGCACGUUACGAAGCCGCACAAUUCAAAUACAAAUACGGCUAUGAGAUGCCCAUUGAUGCAUUGUGCAGACGUGUGGCUGACGUCUCACAAGUGUAUACGCAGAAUGCCGAGAUGCGGCCGCUUGGCUGCUCAAUGGUGCUGAUUGGGUAUGACCCUUUGAAUGGGCCUUGUGUGUAUAAAACUGACCCAGCUGGGUACUACUGUGGGUACAAGGCUGUGAGUGUAGGCGCUAAGCAAACUGAAGCCAAUAGCUGCUUGGAGAAGAUGUUGAAGAAGAAACAAGACCUCUCUCAGGAUGAUGUCAUCCAACUUGCAAUUAGCUGCUUGAGUAAUGUCCUCUCAAUGGACUUCAAGCCUACUGAGAUUGAGAUUGGUGUGGUUACCAAGGAUAAUCCCAAGUUUAGAAAGAUGGAUGAACAAGAAGUUGAUAGACAUUUGACUGCCAUUGCAGAGAAGGAUUAAAUCAGUCCUGAGGUUGAUGAAAAUGUUUGAAAUAACCUAAGCUAAGUUAAUUUGUAAUACUAUUUUUUGUCCACAUUAAUAAAUGGUUAAAGAAA